AUGGCAGGCGACGACUUCGCCGUCGAGGCGUUCACUCUCUUAGCCAUCGCCAUCGUCACUAUAGCCAUACGCAUCGUUGCACGAUGGUUCACGGCCGGCUGGAAGAACUUUAUGCUCGAUGAUUAUUUGAUGCCGUUGGCGGGGGUAGUAUACGGUCUCGAAACAGGCGCCGCCUACUGCGUCAGCGCGUGGUGGAAAGGUCUCGCCAACAAUGCCAUGACGGACGCUGAGCGCGCUGCGCUCUCUCCUACUUCAGAGGAGUACCAUUUGCGGGUUGGGGGGUCCAAAACGCAGGUACUGGGGUGGUCGCUGUAUACCACGUUGCUGUGGCUGCUGAAGUCAUGCAUGGCGGUGUUUUAUUCUCGAUUGACGGCCGGCCUCAUCAACAUGCACAUCCGCAUCCGCAUCGCAUACUUCCUCAUCGGAGCCACUUACAUCGCCGUCAUCGUCAGCAUCCUCGCAGGAUGCCACCCUAUCCAGAAGAACUGGCAGAUCAACCCCAACCCGGGGAACUACUGCCAGCCGGCUGUCUCACACAUCGACGUCUAUGUGACGGUGGUAUUAAACGUCUUUACAGACGUGUAUUUGAUUUCCAUCCCAACCCCUAUCUUGUUCAAAGCUCGUCUUCCCUGGCGCGAGAAACUCGAACUCCUUGUCCUCUUCAGCGGGGGUACCUUUGUCAUGGCUUGUGGUAUCCUUCGUUGCGUACUGAUCGUCACCGCCGGCGCCAACGGCGCCUCCCAAGCCGGCAGCUGGGCCUGCCGCGAGACCUUCGUAGCGGUAAUAAUCGGCAACGCGCCGAUGAUCUACCCGAUGUGUCGCAGACUGGCCAUGCGAGCAGGGUGGUACAUGUCCACCAAGGGGACGAAGGGCAGUUCGCAGAGCUAUCCGUUAUCAGAUGGAGCGGCACAUUCGGGCACGGAUAAUAGUAAGAAUAAGAGACGCAAGUUCAAACACCCGCUGUCGUUGCCGGAUACGCAGUGGAAUACGGUUAGUGAUGAGCAGAUGAUGCUCCCGCCGGGAGAGUGGGAGGUUAGUCAUGCUGCGAGGGAUGGGGAUGGGAGUGCAGUUGUUCCUGGGAAUGGAGGGGUGUAUGAUGGGGGGUGGAAGGGGGGGAGGGAGACGGUCGUUUCGACGGCGUAA